AUGGCUGCGGAACAAAGAAAAGCACUUGAGGCACUUAUGGGGACAGAAGCUCUGGGUGGCGUACCCGACACCGUGAACUUUUGGGAUUCAAACGUGUGCAGAAAUUGUCUUUGUGGGUUAUGCCCACACGAUCUGUUCACCAACACGAAAAUGGACCUUGGCCCAUGUCCUAAGUUACAUUCUCAACGACUAAAGUCAGAAUACGAGGAAGCUCGCAAACGGAAUCCCAAUCAGCACAAUUACGAUCUUGAAUUCGAACGCAGCUUGGCUCAGUUCGUUGCUGAUUGUGAUCGUAAGAUUUUAAGUGCGCAGAGACGCUUGGAUAAGACUCCAGAAGACAGUGUAAAAACUACUAAAUUGCUUGAAGAGAUUCGUGAUUUAGAGAUGGAGAUUGCAGAAAUGACCAAGGAAGUAGAAAUACUCG